AUGCAUCAAUCACAAGUGAAUGUUGAUUCUAACGACAUGCGUCUCUGGGUUUGUCUCGUUUUGUUGCUGUUCGUAAGCAUUUGGGAGGAAACUAAAUCACAUAAUUUUUCUCUGAGUGACGAGGAUGGACUCGAUUCAAAGAGUGGCGAAGGAAAAGACUCCGAAGAAGGAGUUGGUAAUUCAAAAAGUCCAGAGGUAGAUAUCAGCUCUAAACCAAUAGACGAAAGCAAAUCUAAGAGCGACGAAGAUAAGUCAAAGAGUGGUGAAGAUAGUAAACCUAACAGCGGCGAAGAUAAGUCAAAGAGUGGAGAAGACAGUAAGUCGAAAAGUGGAGAAGACAGUAAUUCGAAGAGUGGAGAAGACAGUAAGUCGAAGAGUGGAGAAGACAGUAAGUCGAAGAGUGGAGAAGACAGUAAGUCGAAGAGUGGAGAAGACAGUAAGUCGAAGAGUGGAGAAGACAGUAAGUCGAAGAGUGGAGAAGAUAGUAAGUCGAAGAGUGUAGAAGACAGUAGAUCCAAACCAGAUGAAGAUGAUGAUAACCCUUGGGAAUAUGAUAAUCAUAGUUCUGCUACGUCUAUUUUCGUACCAAUAAAUCUACGUCGUAAUCCAUGCGUACAUUCAGAAUUUAAUUCAGAAAGCAGAGUGUAUGUGGAAACAAAUAAAAAAUUGAAGAACAAAAUACAAUGCACGUUGAGAUACGAUCCGAACAUGAAAAAACACUACAAGGAUAAAAACAAGAAGUAUAUCGUAGAGGCGUUCCGCGUGCACUGCUGGCGGCUGGCGCCAGGAGUUCUGCCCACCGACACCAACCUGGUCAGCAGCGUCAACGACUGCAGCAGAUACAAACCACACUUCAAGCCUAUCGUUAUCAACGUCCGGAUGAGUCCGUCCCAACACACCAAAGAUUACGACGUGUUACUGUACACGCGCAAUUCUCGUUUUAAGGCUGACACGUACUGCACGGCGAAUCAAGAACCUAAGACUGGAAUAAAAGUGAAAGGCGGAAAAUUUUUGUCCGCUGUUUACAGAACGAUGUGUGUACGACAGAGUCCUUAA